AUGACGCUUCUGCGGAGCAGCAGGGGUUCCCUUCGAUGGUACCGCUGCUGCGCCUUUAGAUCCUCCUCCUUUACUCAACCGUCCGCGAGAAGAGGAGGGCGAAAGAGACGACGUGCAUUUUUUGCGUCUUCUUCUUCUUCUUUUGACGACGACGAGAACAUCAUCGAGAAAUACCGAGCGUUGCCGCUGGAUAACGUCCGCCUCUGGGGAACGAACGCGAAGACGACGACGAAGAAGAAGUCUGCGUCUGUACUGAUACACGAACCGACGGAAGGCCAAUACGUGUCCUCAAAAGCGAAACGAAACGUCCAAAACGCGCUCCUAGAGAGCGAGAACACGUGUCGAUGUUUGCAAGAGUACGCGAAAACGAUCGUGUACGACACGGAGUGCAUAGAGAGCAAAAUAGCGCUGACGCACCGAGCGUUCGGUCGAUUUUUACGAGGCGAGAUUGAAGUUAUCGUCGCCGAGAAAGAGAAAGAUCUCGAGGUUCUUUUCCCGUCGAGACCGGCGAGACCUGCGAAACCGACGUUAGUGAUGCCGUUUUCCGUGCCGUCGCCGAAGAAUACGCCUUUGUCUUCGUUUUCCGCGCACGUGUUGCACACCGUCGCGCACAUCGAGUUGAACGCGAUCGAUUUAGCGUGGGAUACCGUGGCUCGAUUUCGAGGGUUACCGAGAGAGUUUUACUUGGAUUUCGCGCGCGUCGCGGACGACGAGUCGAGGCAUUUGAGUUGGUGUUUGCAAAGGUUGGAAGAGUUAGGGCACGAGUACGGAGAGAUGGACGCGCACGACAUGCUGUGGCUGGGAUGCUUCGAAAGUCGCGAGGAUACGUUGGACAGGAUGGCCGUGGUGCCGAUGGCGCAAGAGGCGAGAGGUUUAGACGCAGGGCCAAGGUUGAGAGAGAAGUUAGUCGGGAGAGGCGAUAACCGAUCGGCGGCGAUUGUGGAGAGAAUUACGAAGGAGGAGUUGAACCACGUCGCAGUCGGCGUGCAUUGGUUUCGAGAGAUUUGCGCGAGAGAGGAGAACAUCGAGAGAGGAAACGAGGAGGAACUAGGGAAGCGGUUUUUAUCGGCCGUGGAGAGGUGCGCGCCGGACGUUUUGAAAGGACCGUUCGCGCACGAAGAGAGAGAAAAAGCCGGGAUGAGUCGAGAGUGGUACGAUUUGAAUUACAAAAACGAUCCAGAUUUGCGCCGGCGAUUGGAGGUGAUGGUCAAAAUGGAAGAAGCAAAUAGCAGUGAAUAG